AUGGUGUCGGAGGCCAAGUCUCAGCCCGCACAGAGCAGGAACUUGCCAUGGGUUGAAAAGUACCGGCCACAGUCUCUUGACGAUUUGAUCUCACAUCAAGAUAUUUUAAACACAAUUCAGAGGUUCAUCAGUGAAGACAAAACUACCUCAUCUGUUAUUCUAUGGACCACCUGGGACAGGCAAAACUUCCACUAUUCUAGCCUGUGCAAAACAGCUUUACAAAGAAAAGGAGUUUAACUCUAUGGUUUUGGAGUUGAAUGCAUCAGAUGAUCGUGGUAUAGAUAUUGUGAGAGGUCCCAUAUUAAGUUUUGCAAGCACUAGAACCAUAUUUAAAAAAGGCUUCAAGCUUGUGAUCUUGGAUGAAGCAGAUGCAAUGACUCAGGAUGCGCAGAAACGCUCUAAGACGAGUGAUUGAGAAGUUUACUGAGAACACUCGUUUCUGUAUGAUUUGUAAUUACCUGUCUAAGGUCAUUCCUGCUCUGCAGUCCAGGUGCACACGGUUCCGCUUUGGUCCCUUAAGUUCAGAGAUGAUGAUUCCCAGACUGGAGCAUGUAGUCCAACAGGAAAACGUGCAAAUUAGCCCAGAUGGAAUGAAGGCCUUGGUGACCCUCUCCAAUGGGGACAUGCGCAGAGCACUAAAUAUAUUGCAGAGUACAUACAUGGCUUAUGAAAAUGUAACUGAAGAUACAGUAUAUACCUGCACUGGGCACCCCUUGAGAUCGGACAUAGCCAACAUUCUAGACUGGAUGCUGAACAAGGACUUCACCACCGCCUAUAACCAUAUCAUGGAAUUAAAGACCUUAAAGGGCCUGGCUCUUCAUGACAUCUUGACAGAAGUUCACCUAUAUGUUCAUCGAGUGGAUUUUCCACCAUCUGUUCGUAUUCAUUUGUUGACAAAGAUGGCAGAUAUAGAAUACAGGCUGGCUUCUGGGACCAGUGAGAAGAUACAGCUCAGCUCCUUAAUAGCUGCAUUCCAAGUCACUCGAGAUUUGAUUGUAGCUGAAGCUUAG